ACCCUUGGCCAUCAUACACGUUUUUCUUCUGUUUUUUUUCUUUUGCCUAAAUCCCUUUAAUGCCCACUGCUGUUAUUCAACUUAUACAAGAUUUCUGUUGUCGUUUGAUUCCAAGUAAAGAAAAGGAGACAGAGAAAGAAGAAAGACUGGAACCUUUAUUACAUGAUCUCUUUCUCUCCCAUAUCAAUAGGAGUCCCUUUUCCUUUCCUCUCGCUCAAGCCAAUACUGCUGGCUAGGGUAGACACGGAAUAUUAUAGAGACCAGAAAGCAGGGAAAAUAUACACAAGAUUUGAAAAGAUGACGGACCAGAGAUCCCGAGCUCAGAAAAGGAAAAACCCCGCUCGUCUGUCUGGGUAUGACGGGUUUGCCAUCAAACAGGUCGGGCAGGGGCCAAGCUGGGCGUCUCCAGCCUUCUUCAUCGGACCACCACCCCUUUUUAAUAUCACAAAAAACACUACGCCAGAUGUUCGACCCGAUAUAUAUUACACGAAGUUGCAGGAAAACCUUUCCGAGCGAGCGAUUCCCUUCAUUAUGAUGAUACGCUCUCCUCUUUCUCCCCCCUGGCGCUGCCGCCUCCCGAUGUCGCACAAGCUCCCGGUUUGUGGCGAAACGAGAGAGAUAAGAGCCGCAAGCACCACGUCCCGAGAGACUUUUCAAAAACAAAAAACGCAUUGGAGAAAGAUGAGUAUGAUGAGUAUGAUGAGUUUGAUGAUAUCCAAGAUGAAACGAUGCCAGCAAUGGGUAGUUUGCAAGAGAUCUGAGCCUGGAAGCCAGAAGCGAUACCAGCGAAAGUGGCCCGCGGAAUUAUGCUCGUAUUAAAACAACCCUGGAAAGCAAAUAACCAUGAAAUAAAUGGUUGGAGGUAUGAUGAUGAUAUAUGGAUGGAAAAGAUGCAUUAUAUUGUACAUGGUAUCUCCUACGCAGCUGGGGACAAAAAAACGAUGGAUGCGCUGAUGUGGGUAUAUU